AAAAACGUUCACGAACGUGGAAAAGGGUAUUUUGGUAAAAGCGGGUGUAGUUGAAGGGUUUAUAAAUGGCGUAGGCAUUAAGCACAGGAUUACAAAAAAAUCUGAUCUAACACAGCCUCGAAAGGUUAUUACCAUGGUUUCCACCAAGGAUCCACGUGAGGAAGUCAUUCAAGCAUGGUACAUGGAUGAUAGUGAUGAAGAUCAAAGGCUCCCCCACCACAAAGAACCCAAGGAGUUUGUCUCAUUGGACCAACUUGCUGAACUUGGAGUCCUUAGCUGGAAAUUAGAUGCUGAUAACUACGAAACUGAUCCAGAGCUGAAAAAGAUUCGUGAAGAACGUGGUUACAACUAUAUGGAUGUGUGUGAGGUCUGCCCAGAAAAGUUGCCAAAUUAUGAACAGAAAAUCAAAAGCUUCUUUGAAGAGCAUCUUCACACUGAUGAGGAGAUCCGCUUUUGUGCUGCCGGAACUGGCUAUUUUGAUGUUAGGGAUCGCAAUGAUGCUUGGAUUCGCGUGUGGGUCAAGAAAGGAGGAAUGAUCAUCUUACCUGCUGGAAUUUAUCAUCGCUUUACACUGGAUGAGAACAACUACAUUAAGGCUUUGCGAUUUUUUGUUGGUGAACCAGUUUGGACUCCGUACAAUCGUCCACAUGACCAUCUCCCUGCAAGACAACAAUAUGUCAAGGAUUUUGUGGAAAAUGGUGUUGCCAAUCAUGCCGUUGAUGCUGCUGCGUAAGAUCUGUUUCUGCAUGUUCGUAUUAGUAUAAGUGAAGAGAAUAAUGGUCUCUUUAUUAACGUUUGAAAAAAGAAAAUAAUGGUCUCUUUAAAUGAAAGGGUUUCCGUCUUUUUAUCCUCUUGUUUGUGUAGGGGUCUUUUUAUCUUAUGGUUUGUGUAGGGGACCCUUUAGUCUUCAUGUACUAUGCCAGUCAGUCAGUGUUGCUGUUGCCUGUCACUGUAUAAAGAUUGCCUUGUAUUAUUACCAGAUUUGGGGACAGAAUAAACAUAAAUAUAUGUUAGAAUGCGAAUGAUUUAUGUGC